AUGACGCAAACAACCAACAACGCCGCUGCCGUCAAACACAACCUCGAUACACCCGCCGUUGGCAGCGGCAGCGGCAGUGGUAACGGUCCCAAGGGCUCACCACCCCCUGUAGCAGCAGGCUACUGGGAAGACGCCUUUAACACCCAUCUCAUGAAGCUCAAGCCCAAGCAUCGCGAACGCCUGCGGACAAUGACAACAAAUAUCACCUUCGACCAGGCGGGCCUCACAGACUCGCUAAAGUCGCUGCAGGUGCAGUAUGAGGCGCGCAGGGGUACCUCGUUUUUGAAAAAGAUGGGCAUGCUCGCCGACCAUUGUAUCAGGUUUGCUAAAGCGGUUGACGUUGCCGUGGGAGGGGGACCGGCUGCUGCGGCGUGGAUUUGGGGAGGAAUUCGCUUCUUGCUUGAGGUGUCGGCGGCCGCGGCGCGACUACACGACAACAUCAUGACCAUGCUCGAGACAUUGUGCACAUACCUGUCCUUGUUUGAAAAAUGGACGACCCUGUUUGUGGCAGCAGAUUAUCCAGAGCUCGCGGAGAGUAUCAAGAACACAUGUUUUGCUUUCGUUGCGUUUCUGGUCGCAGGAAUUCGAUAUUUUGGCCGGUCUUCAUUUGGAAACCUCCUCCGCGUCCUCUUUGUCCCCAGCCUCCAAGACACGUUUGACAACUGCCAGAGCCAGAUCAAGCUGCACACAAGCUUCGUCAAGCUACAACUCGCCACUGCCGGCUUGCAGGACAACCAGAAGCGCAAUAAGCAAAUCACUCAGUUGCUAGAGCAAACUCCAACACAGCAAACGACCGCUGUCAAAGUUUCCUUCCCCUUUCUCUUCCUACAGAACUGCAUCCGGAACGACCAGUUUUUCGAUCGCGAGGCAGUUCUGGACCAGUUGCAUGCAUAUCUGACAACGCCACAGGCUUCAGGGACCGCUGGUGGUGCUGGCUCUGGUUCCAGUCCAAUUCCUGGUCCUGGCACUGGUAUGCGCAGUGUGGUUAUUUCUGGACUGGGCGGAUGUGGCAAGUCCACUGUCGCCAAGGAGUAUAUGUAUCGCCAGAGGGAUCAGUAUGAUGUUGUGAUAUGGCUGUACGCUGAUAGCAAGGCGAAGCUCGACAGCCAGUUUAUUGCGCUAGCGAGUAGGCUUGGGAUGAAUGUACCCGAGGCCCAGGCCGUGGGGGUUGUUUCCCAGUGGAUAGCCCAUCUAACUGGAACAAUCCUCGUCGUCUUCGACAACGCAGACGAGCCGAAUAUCCUCACCGACUACUGGCCCAAGGCCUCGAAGGGCUCGAUCAUCAUCACUAGCAACGACCCAAGGAAUGGCGAAGAAGGCUACGCCCAGAAUGGGAUUGCUCUCCGCGAGUUCAGCGACGACAAGGGCUCGGACUUCCUCGUCUCGUUGCUCGGUGGCUCCUCCAUCACGAAGAAAAUACACACGCCGGAAGAAAAGGCUGCCACACAAGCCCUCGCGCGCCAGUACGGGGGGCUCCCGCUCGCGCUUCGACAGGCGGCGUCGUUUAUGCGCAACAAGGGGUGCACGCCAACGCAGUUCUCGCGAAUGUACGAAAAGAACUUUGCCGAGAUAGACUCGCUGCAGCUGCCGAAUUACUCAAAGACGCUGGUGACUGUGUGGAACAUGUCGCUCAGCACGCUGACGGAGGAUAGCCGCAUGGUUCUCGAUAUCACAUCGCUUCUCGACCCGGACUCCAUCCCAAAGGAGAUGUUCACUCAGACCGAGGUUGCGCACAGCAGCGGGUUGUUCAUGACGGACGAAAUGAAGCUUCUUGAUGCGUUCGAAGGUCUGACGAUGCAGUCACUCGUUGAGAUUAACCAGGCCGAGAGCACGCUGAACAUUCACCGGUUUUUCCAGCGUGCAACGUUCCGGCGGCUGAGCAAGGAUCCCCAGCGGCUGCGCGCUGUGAUUAGUCUCGCUGCUGGCCUUGUGCGUAACUUCCUCCCGCAAGACGACUUUACGGCAGUGCGGGAGCCUAGUGGCUGGAACCAAGUGCAGAGGGCGGCGGACCAUAUCCUGUCCUUAUACAAAAGAACCGAGGGGGCCGAAUCCGAGGAUCGAGCGAAUGCGCUGUUGGACUUACUAGCGCAUCUUAUCAAUUACGGCUACCAAACAGGGCAGUACAGAUUGGGAGAAUCGGCCUAUCAAAAAGCGACAAGCCUCAUCGAGCACAUUUCCAACCCGGACCACAACCUGCUUUCAGAGAUGUACUUCCAUUAUACGCGGAUGACGACCGAGGACGGAAAGCUGGAGAAGGCAGUAGAAGCAAUCCAGCUCUCGCGACUCCACGCCAACAAAGCGGCAAUAUAUGACCCAGCGAAGCGGAAGUCCCCACUGUACAUCCGCAUCAUCAGCAACCAGGGUGUCACACACACAGCGGUGAAAAAGUUCGCCGAGGCCGAGAAGUUCCAUCUCGAGGCAAUAGCCGCGUGCGUAGAACACAAACUGGAGGAGACAUGCAGUCUCGGCAACUUGACGCAGAACCUGGGCUCCUGCUACCUGUGGUGGGGGGAGCUGGACCGUGCGGAGGAGACGCUUCGCCGUGCACUGACGCAACCGAAUAAGAACCCCGAGGGGGCGAUGUACACGAUGGGCAAUUUGUUGUUGAGCUUGAAGCGGUAUGAUGAGGCCCUCGAGAAGCAUCAGAAGGUGCUCGAAAUCUAUUUUAAAGAGCUGGGACCAGACCAUUUAAUCACGGCUGACUCAUGGUACAAGCUGGGGUGUAUCUUCUCCAUCGCGGACUUUGCGCGGAAAGAUCGCGCUGAGGCUGAACGUUGCUUUCGUCAGGCGCUCAGAAUCACACAGCUUCCUGCAAAUACCGGAAACUCAGUCUCCGGAGUUCUCACUGCGAGGCUCCAGUGGUGGCUCGCAAAGACGCUCGGUCCGCAGAGCGAAGAAAGCCAGUAUCUAAAUGCCGCCGCCAUGAGGUACCUAGAAUGGCGCUUCGACGGUGAAUUACCGCAGGGAAAAGAGCCCUGGGAGCUCUUCGACAGUUUGGUAUGUUAUUGGAGUCGAUAA